UACCUGGCCAUCCUGCGCUACCUGACCAACGAGCGCGAGCCGUACGCGCCAGGCACGGAGGGCAACGCCAAGCGCAAGAUCCGCAAGGCGGCCGCGUGCUACGUGGUGCGCGGAGGGACCCUGUACUACCAGCGGCGGCGGCGGGACCAGCCGCGCUUCGCCGAGCUCGAGGUGGUGCUGCAGGCCGAGCGCCGCGAACGCCUCAUCCGUGCCGCCCACCUCGGCCCCGACGGCGCCCACCGCACGCGCCUGCAGACCUGGCAGGGCCUCUCGCAGCAGUACUGGUGGAGAGGUAUUCUUAAACAAGUUAAAGACUACAUUAAGGAAUGUAGUAAAUGCCAAGAAAAACUAGAUCGUUCUAGAUCCCUCACAGAUCCUUCUGAAAUGCUGGAGGAACUAGGAUUAGAUGCAAAAUCUCAUGAAGACAGUAAUGGAACAGAUGAUGAAUUGAGUAACACAGCAUCAAUCCCAGCUGCAUCCCCAAAACCUGUGAAAAAGAAGCCAAUAUCCAAACAUGAGCUUGUGUUUGUUGACAGUAAAGGCCUUGUGAAGCAGUCUUCUCCAAAACAUUGUCUGUCAGUCUUGAACCAACUGAACCAGCAGAGGCUUUCCAAUCAGUUUUGUGAUGUUACCCUAUUGAUUGAAGGAGAGGAGUACAAAGCACACAAAUCUGUCUUGGCAGCCAACAGUGAAUACUUCCGGGAGCUCUUCAUUGAAAAGGGAGCUGUCUCAAGUCAUGAAGCUGUAGUGGAUCUUUCAGGCUUUUGCAAGUCAAGCUUUCUCCCUUUAUUGGAAUUUGCUUAUACCUCAGAAUUAACUUUUGACUUUUGUAGCAUGGCAGAUGUUGCCUUGCUAGCCCGACAUCUCUUUAUGUCAGAGGUUUUGGAAAUCUGUGAAAAUGUGCACAAACAGAUGGAAGAGAAACAAAUCACAGUGUACCAAAAGGGAGAUAUUCACACCGUAGAGUCUAUGCAGAACUUAACACAACAGAAUGACGUUGAGAUUCAGCCUAUGGACAGUGCUGAACAGCCUUUACCUACAGAAAUGUCAAAUAGUGAAGAAGUAGCAACUACAAAUGGAGCUUCCCCCAGUACUGGAGAAGAUGAAGUAGUGGCACUACAGUCUGACUCUCAGACCGUUGAACCUACUGAGACUAUAACUGCUAGUCUUUCAGAGCCUCUGGGGCAGUGUGAAACUACUGCAAAUGCUAUAAAACUAGAAAUGGAAGAGCGCAUUCCAAAUGACAUUGUGUCUGUCAUGCAGUCUGAGCCCUCAGCUGUGGAAGGCGGGGAUAUACCCUCUCAGGCAGAAAAUGGGGCUGGUCAAAAUGAGAGCAGUGAAGCAAAUGUAGAAAUUGUGUCAGAAGACUCCCUGGACAUACUUAAACCAAAACGUGGCCGACCAUGUAAAGCCCCAGACAGUCCAGCUCCUCACCCUGAGAAUAUGGUCUCAAACCAAGAUGAUACAUACAAAAGCAAACUUCGUCAGCGUUCUGUUAGUGAGGGUGGAUAUAUCAGAUUGCAUAAAGGAAUUGAGAAAAAGUUACAGAACAGGAAGACAACACCCAAAUCGCCGACACAGCAGGCUGCCAUGAAGUUAGUGCAAAGAGGAAAGAAAAUGAAGCAACCCAAGAGAGAUUCCACAGAGAACAGUGAGGUGGAAGCUCAGCACAAAUGCACUGAAUGUGGAAUGGUUUUUCAGCGGCGUUAUGCACUCAUAAUGCACACACUGAAACAUGAGAGAACUAAAGAUUACAAGUGCCCGCUGUGUAAAAAAGAAUUUCAAUACGGUGCUUCUCUACGAGCUCACCUUGUUCGGCAUACCCGAAAAAAUGAAGUGAGGACUGCAACUGCCAGCAUAGAAGAGAUGGGAAUGUCAGAAGUGAAAGGGAGAACCAAGCGGGAGUUUAUAUGUGAUAUAUGUGGAAGAUCUCUACCUAAGCUUUAUUCUCUCAGAAUACAUAUGCUCAAGCAUACAGGUGUAAAGCCACAUGGAUGCAAGGUUUGUGGAAAAACAUUUACUUACAAGCAUGGAUUAAAAAUGCACUUAGCUCUUCAUGAAGCACAGAAGCAAUUUAAAUGUGACUUGUGUGAAAAGUCUUUUGUCACAAAACGGAGUCUUCAGGAACAUAUGAGCAUUCAUACAGGAGAAUCUAAGUAUCUUUGCUCCAUCUGUGGGAACUCUUUUCAUAGAGCCUCUGGACUCAGUAAGCAUAUCAAGAAACACCAGCCAAAGCCUGAAGUUCGUGGAUAUCAGUGUACCCAGUGUGAUAAAAGUUUCUAUGAAGCUCGGGAUCUUCGGCAACACAUGAACAAACACCUCGAUGUGAAGCCUUUCCAGUGCCAGUUCUGUGGGAAAUGUUACAGUUGGAAGAAAGACUGGUAUUCACACGUGAAAUCCCAUUCUGUCACAGAUCCUUACAGGUGUAACAUAUGUGGCAAAGAAUUCUAUGAGAAAGCUUUGUACAGAAGGCACGUAAAGAAGGCCACUCAUGGGAAGAAAGGGAGAGCAAAACAAAAUCUGGAACGAGUAUGUGAACACUGUGGAAGAAAAUUCACCCAGCUCCGGGAGUUCAGGAGACACAUGAACAAUCAUGAAGGUGUGAAGCCUUUUGAAUGUCUGACUUGUGGAGUAGCUUGGGCUGAUGCACGUUCCUUGAAGCGCCAUGUCAGGACACAUACUGGAGAGCGACCCUACAUCUGCCCUGUGUGUAAUGAAGCUUACAUAGAUGCUCGGACACUCCGAAAGCAUAUGACCAAGUUCCACAGAGAUUAUGUACCUUGUAAAAUAAUGCUGGAAAAGGACACCCUUCAGUUUCAUAACCAAGGGACACAGGUGGAACAUGCCAUCAGUAUAUUAGCAGCAGACAUGCAAGAACAAGAAACUGAGAUUAAUGUGGGUGGUGAGGAGAUUGAGACCGUGGUAGUGACAGGAGAAACACUUGAAGCUAUUGAAGCUGUUGCAGCGACUGAGGAAUGUACAUCAGUGUCCACCCUUUCUGACCAAAGUAUCAUGCAGGUAGUAAAUUACGUAUUGGCACAACAGCAAGGACAAAAAAUGGCUGAGGUCACACAAGCCAUUGAAACUGUAGAAGUAGAAGUGGCCCAUGUUACAGAGACAGAGUGAACUCAGUUUGUAAUGGAAAGCAAGAAGUGCAUGUGGCAUUAUGACGUGUAAUGAGCUAAAUAUUAACUGAAGAUUUGAGGCUUACAAUAAGAGAGUAACUUUCAGACACUGAAUUGCUAUGUUGAAUAUCUUAGUUGCAAAAUGGUAUUGAUCCAAGUAUCACAAAAAGAA